AAUCACCACUGGCCGCGUUUAAUAGAUUCGCCGGCAUUUUCAAGUUUCCUUCAAAGAAAUUUAGAGUUUCUGUUAGUUUCACCUAUUUCCUAACGGAGUAAUUUUCAUUUAUUUCAGUCGUGAGUUGUGGACAACUCCAGUCAUCAACCAAUAAUGUUAAUUAGAAAGCCAGGAACAGUAUUAUUUAUAGCUGCUGUGGCUCUUUCCUUCUUUGUCUCUUCAUCAGAUGGCUUAGCGGUGAUGUCAGUGGAUCUAGGUAGCCAGUUUAUGAAAGUAGCCAUAGUGAAGCCUGGUGUACCAAUGGAAAUUGCCUUGAAUACGGAGUCGAGACGGAAAACACCAGUAGCUGUUUCUCUAAGAGACAAUGAACGAUUAUUCAGUGACAGUGCUCUAACCACGUCAGUCAAGUAUCCAAAGAGUUCUUACAUUUAUGUUCAAAAUGUCUUGGGUAAAAAGUUCAGCAACCCAAUGGUAGAGCAGUACAAGCAAAGGUUUCCAUGGUAUGACCUUGAGGAAGAUAAAGAGACUGGAACUGUUCUCUUCAGACAUGAUAGUGAGAUCACCUUUAGUCCAGAAGAAAUUCUUGGCAUGAUUCUGAAUCACUCCAGAAAUAUUGCAGAGAAAUUUGCAGAUCACCCAAUGAAAGAUGUGGUUAUCACAGUCCCUUCAUUUUUCAACCAAGCUGAACGACGAUCUGUUUUAAGGGCUGCAAGGUUGGUGGGGCUGAAUGUUCUUCAGUUAAUGAAUGAAAAUACAGCAGUCGCGCUUCACUAUGGAGUGUUCCGUCGAGCAUCUUUCAACAAUACUGAGAGAUUUAUUAUGUUCUAUGACAUGGGAGCCACAAGUACAGUUGCUACUAUUGUGGGCUACAGUACAGUGAAAACAAAAGACAGAGGAAUCACCGAGACAGCUCCUCAAGUAGUAGUAAAAGGAGUUGGAUUUGAUCGCACUCUGGGAGGUCAUGCCAUGGAAAUGUUAAUGAGAGAUCAUCUCAUUAAACUGUUCAAGGAGCAGCAUAAGACACAGGGGGAUGUGACCCAGUCCCCUCGUGCCAUGGCAAAAUUUCUUAAGGAGGCUGCAAGAGUGAAACAAGUUUUAAGUGCAAACACAGAGAUCUUUGCACAGAUUGAGGGUGCGUUUGAGGAGAAGGAUUUCCGUGCCAAGGUUACACGCGAGGAAUUUGAAGAAAUGUGCAGUGACUUACUGAAAAGAGUCUCGGGUCCAGUGGAGCAGGCUCUGAAAUCUUCAGCCAUUCCAUUGGAUGAAAUUGAAAGUGUAAUUCUCGUAGGAGGCGGAACCCGCGUACCAAAAGUGCAAGAACUACUUUUGAAAGCUGUUAAAAAGUCAGAACUCGGAAAGAAUGUGAACGCGGAUGAGGCUGCUGCUUUAGGCGCCGUUUAUCAAGCUGCCAAUCUUGGCAAGGGAUUCAAAGUGAAGAAAUUUCUUGUUAAGGAAGCUAACAUAUACCCAGUACAGGUGUCAUUUGAACGUGCGAAUAAGGCAGAGGAUGGAAGCCAGACUGUUAAACACGUGAAACGUAUGUUGUACCACAGAAUGAAUGUUUUGCCGCAGAAAAAAGUGAUGACGUUUAACAGACACACGGACGAUUUCAACUUCCACGCAAGCUAUACUGAUUUGGACUUCUUGAGUGAAGACGAACAGAGCAUGCUUGGAUCAAUGAAUUUGACCACAGUGAGCGUCAAGGGGGUAGCGGCUGCGCUAGAUAAGCAUACACCGAAGGGGGAAUCAAAAGGCAUCAAGGCGUACUUUAGGAUGGACGAAAGUGGAAUUCUAAACCUGGAGAAGGUGGAGUCUGUGUUUGAAAAGCCUGAGGAGAAAUCGGAAGAAGAACAGUCAACGUUUGCAAAAAUCGGAAGUAAAAUUUCGAGCUUCUUUGGCAGCUCAGGGGAAGAGGAAAAUAAAGAAAGUAAAGUUGAGGAAGGAGAUAAAUCCGAGGAAGCAGAAAGUGAGAAGACGGAGAAAGAGGAAGCUGGAGAGGAAAAGGCAAAAACAAAGGAAGAUGAGAAAUCUGAAGAAAAAGCUGCAGAAAAAGACGAGGACAAAAAACAGGAUGAGGGAAAGAAUGAGGACAAACAGGAAGAACAAGGUAAAGAAGAUGGAGAAAGAAAGAGUGAUGAAAAGAAAGAAGAAGAGGAAGAAAAAGGAGAAAAGAACGGAGAGAAGAAAGAAGAAUCCUCUGAAGCGAAAAAAGACGGCGACAAACAGGAUGAGAAGGCCGGAAACAAAACUGAAGACGCCAAGAAAGAAAAAUCCGACGCGAAUAAGCCGAGCAAACCUGUGACUGUCCGUGAACCUCUUGAGAUGGCAUUACAUUGGGUGGACGUCAGUGACACGAGCGAUGACGUGCUAUCUGCCUCUGUGAAAAAACUUAAAGACCUGCAAGCAAAGGACGAAGCAAAAGCCGCAAAUGAAAGAGCUAAGAACUUGUUAGAGACACAUAUCUAUGGCAUGAGAGAAGAACUGUUUACUGAUACAGGAGUACUACUGUCUACUGAGGAGGAGAGGGAAAAGAUUGACCAGGCCCUUAGUGAGGCCUCUGACUGGCUGGACGAUGAGGGCUGGGACUCAACUGCCGACGUGUACGAGACCAAACUGCAAAAACUAAAAGAUCAAUCGUACGAGUUCAGAAUCCGCCUAAAAGAGCACAAGGAAAGACCCAAAGCAGUAGAGAUGCUGAAGAGCAGCUUGAACCUGUCCAGAACUUUCCUAGUCCAAAUAGACAACAUUACAGACAAAGAUGAGAUUUAUACUGCAAAGGAUUUGGAGGAACUCAGCAAAUUGAUUAAUGAUACAACGGAAUGGAUUGAAAAGAACGAAAAGAAACAAAAGGAGGCAAAACCCAGCGAUAAGCCAGUCUUCCUAGUAAAGGACAUCGAAACUAAGCAAGGCAAAAUCGACCGUGAGCUGGUUUAUCUUUUAAACAAGGCCAAGUAUUACGUGCCUAAGCCAAAAGUCAACGAAACAGCGUCAAACACGACAAAAACCAAAACAGAUACUAAGAAAGAAAAACAAGAAAAAGGCAACAAAGCUGAAGGAGCGAGUGCAGAUAAAAAAGAAGAUGAAAAAGACAAGGACGAGAAAAAAUCUAAAGAUAAUGCGAAGGAAGAUGAAAAGAAAAAGGAGGAAAGUAUGGGAAAACAAGAAAAACCUGACGAGUCAAAUAAGAAACAGAGUGAACAAGAUAAAAAAGAAUCGGACGAGGCAGAGCCUCUGCCUCUACCUGGCUCCGAGGCUGAGUCCUCGACAUCUGGUGAGCCCGCGGACAGCUCUAGCUCAUCAGAAGGAAAUAAUUCAAAACAAAAUGCAGAGUCAUCUGAUAGCAGCUCUAGCAAAAAAUCUAGCGACGAAUUAUGAUAGAAUAUUCUAAAUGACUUAAAAACUGAUAGUUUGUAAAAUAUUUCGCAAGUUUUAAUGAUGUGGACGUAUAACUUAUUGAGAGAUAUUGCAGCGGUGUAAUCAACUCUCCGCGUGGUGAUUUCUCAAACUCAGCUCUGAUUCACAGAGGUUUGCUGUCUUUCGUGCUUUGGAAUGCAUGAAAUUGUUCUUCUGAAAUAGAACUUGCACUAAGAUGUUUGUCAAACUUUGCCAAUACAUUGUUUUUAUUAUAGGAACUUAAAUUUUGAAAUAAAACCGAUUGGUUCCCUCA